AUGGAGGAGGCGAUUGUUCGACUCGUUGCCCGCCGAGCUCUCUCCGCCCUGGACUGUGAAGAAGAGCGGCGGCGGCAGCAGCAGCAACAGCAGCAGCAGGGGCGAGAACAGAAGGGGCAGGAAGGGCGCGGAGAGAAUCAGGGCACGCAGAGGGCUGGGAGGGGAGCGGAGGCCAACCGGGGUGGCGAGGCAGACUCUGUGCUCUCGUCGGAGCCGGGGGGCAAGGGUGCAGCGGACGAAGGCUUCGCCGUGCCUGCGUCGCUUCGGCCUCUCUCCUGGCGCCUGGACUUUGCGACUCGCCUGGCCGUCAGCAACGCCAACCUUCGAGUGGUGUACGAGGCUCAGUUGGUCGGACUGAUGGGGUCAAUCGGCCUGCAGGAAGACCAGCACCUUGUCGGCUUGUCCCGGGCGGCGGGGGGGGGCGGGUGCGCCAGCGGUGUAGGAGAAGGGAAGAGGAAAAAACGCCUAUGCCUCUCCUCUUCCUACUCCACCCCCGGCGGCGGUAGCGGAAGGAAGCGCCGCCGCACGAACUCCUUCUCCCGAGCAGACGUCGUCGCUUCUGUCCAAAGCCCCAAGAAGAAGAAGAAGGCCAAUGAACCUCCCGGAAAGAGAGACGGGCAUGCGGGCUGCCACUCCUCCGACCCCCUUUUCCGCCCGGGCGCGGACGACCCCGCGCUCGCUGCCUCGUGCUCGUCGCCAUUGUCCGGCGGCGCGAGGAAGGUCAACCGGAGGGACAAGCGAAUGCCGGACAUGGUCGAAGCCGCGAUCGGAGAGGCGUUCGAGGCUUCUCUCGGAAGGACCUUUGGCGGCGGCGGCGGCGAGUCGUGGUCUUCGCCUCCUCCGGGGCCUCAGCGGUUCGCGGGAGCCCACAGAGCCCGGUUGGUGGACGGCCUCCUGUGUUCCGCGCUCAGCACGGACUUGUUUCUUUCCGGACUCGAUGGGUCCAGGGUCGGCGCUGACCUGGAGCGUUUCGGCGAAGAGGUAGAAGGCCCUUACGCUCAUGACGACGACUUUGUCAGCAGCUCCGGUUUUGUGAACAGCUUCGGCGCCCUUGACAGCAGCAGCGGCAGCAGCAGCGAGGACGAAGAGAGGGCGCGGGGAAUGGAUGAGGGAAGGGGGGAUGUAGGGGGGAGGUUGGGUGAACAGGGGUCAUCGCUUUCGGAGGACCUCGCUGCUGCGAAGUCUUCCGCCGCCGCUGCUGCUAUGACCGCGGCCGCCGCCGCCGCCGCACCUAUCGCCGACUCCACCGUACCGGAAGGAACCAGUACCGAUGAGCGCACCGCUGCGGGGAGGCAGGGCGUUCUCCGGCUGUACGGAGCGGCGCUGAUAAAGCUACGGGUGUCCGUUUUCCUCUUUUGCUCGACAUCGGCGGCGGCGGCGGCGGCUGGACCGACUGGAGCAGGAGAUGGGGACGGGGACAAGGGUAAAGAUGGUAACGAUAAGGAGGGUCCCUCCGAGCUUACGCUUCGGCGGCAGGGAGUCAUGUCUCGGGAGAACUUGGACGCGGUCGCGAAACUCAAGCGCCCGGGUGGCAGCGGCAGCGAUGGCCAUCCCCCGCCGCGCUACGCCCGACUGCUGGGCCAGCUCCCGAGGGACAGCCGCCACCUCCUUGCUCGGCUAGGACACCACGGGUACGUGAAAGUCCUCGAACAUAUCCUGCAGGGAUUCCUGCGUUCCUCCAACGGUUCUGCCUCUCUUGAGGCUCCCGCCGCCGCCGCUCCCGCCGCUGCGGGUGACCCCGCUUCCUCUUCGGCUCUCGAGACCAACAUUGGCACCACCGAUACUGCCGGUGCCGACGGCUGCGAGACCGCCGCUCGCCCUGCGCCUGACAACGCCACUGCCGCCGACGAGAGCGCGCCACCAGACGCAGAUUCAAUCCUUACCGAGAAUCCGGGGUCCUCCGCUCGCGGGGACGACCUACACGAAUCUUCGUGGCCGCCGCCGCCGCAGCUUCCAGACCUAGUCCCAGAUCAUGGCCCAGGCCGGAGUGAUCCCUGGCGGGCGCUGCAAGCGGGGGCCCCGCACCCGUGCCUCUCUGGCCUAGUCGACCCUCCCGGACUGGCAACCGCGGGGGGCACGCGGUUGGUGCUGCCGAUGCCGAACCCCUUCUACCGGCGAGUCCUGCACGCCCUCUGCCGCGUCCACGGGCUCCGUUCUCGCGGCGGAGAGACGUUGGCGGCGAAGCGAAUACUGCCACCGCCGCCGCCGCUGCCGCCGCCGCCUGGGCCGAAGGGAGAGGGGGGGGGUGGGGGGGCGUCAGUGGCAGCAGGCCGGGCACUCGCCACGACGGAAGGAGAAGCGGGGGAAGGCGUCGGGAGCUUGGGGGGCAUCGCGGUUCGACAUCGCACGGUGGAGGUCACAAGGGGAGACGGCGGUGGCGGGGGGCAGGGGAAGAAGCGGCCCGGGGGCGGGCGAGGGCUUGGAGACGUGUUGAUUCCGGUUGAGGUGUUGCUGGGGGAAGAAGCAUGUGCCUGA